CUUCAUACAACAUUUUAUAAUAUGAUAUUGGAUUCGGUGUAGGUCAGAACGUAGCUUGCUAAAGCUAUACCAUCAAUUCAAAUCAUACUUCAACAUGGCUACCAGCCGUGAGGAGCGCAUGCAACAGCGCAUGCGUGGGGCUGGACGUCACGAAGUUGCCGACGACUCAUUCGGUUUCGUCCUCCCCGGUCUUGAGGAACCUCCUGCUCCCUCCUCGACCCCACCACCACCGCAAUCCGUACCACAAUCCGCGCCACGAUCAGAGCCCAAUACUUCUGCGAAGCGACGGCGGUUGAAUCCUGAGGCUGGCUCACCAAGCUCACAGCCAACAUCUAGCACAACUAGAUCGUCGAGAAGAAUAUCUGCACAAUAUAACGAAGCUAGAGCCGACCCUUAUGACGUUAUCCGAGAACCCAGUCCAGAACUUCGCUCAGAACCGCCUUUAGAACCCCAGACAGAUCCGGAUCCAGCACCUUCAGAGCCACCGAAUGAAGAGGAGCCAUUGGAAGAAUCCUUACCAGCGACAAUACAGCAUCAAGGAUCGCAUGUGUCUCCAGUUUCUCCGAUAUUUACAGGCGUCGUAGAUGAGGAAGUCACCGAAAGUCCAGCCGAAGCCCCAGGAAGUGGUCAAAGACGCUCUAUUAGAGUCACCGAAAGCAUUUCUCGAAGCGCUAGAUUACUAAGAACCGUAAUAGAUGACGAUAACGGCGUUACAGAUGAGUUCACUGUGUCAUCACCUCUAGCGCGCAAGAGUAGGAUUAGCGGUGCCACCUUAGGUGCAGCUUCGGCGCGAUCAACGCGAACAGGUGUGAGGGCAUCGGUAGCUUUUACAAACGACGAUGGCGAAGAGACGACGCCGAUUGCUCCCGCCGAAUCCGCGCGCACCACACGAAGUCAAAAUAGAAUCAAUACCCCUAGUACGGUAGAUGCGCUAUCUUCACCUCCCGAGGCUGCAGGUACUGCUAGUCCCAGAAAACCUAAGCUAAGGAAGCCUAAGUCUCCCAUCAGGCCACCUGAACCAGUGCAAGAGGUUGAAGAAGAGGUCCAAGAAGAGGAGGUAGAAGAAGUAGAAGAAGCCGAGCCCGAUAAUAAUGAACCUGCUGAAGAAAUCGACGUUCAAACAGCAGCCCGAAAGAUCGGUCGAAAACGUCCGCGGGUUAGUUUGCCUCGAGAAGAGUCUCCGGAGCUGCAUACUAGAGCCACCGAGGAGACUCGUCCAAGAAAGAAAAGCAGACAACAAAGAGUGCAAAAUAGCCCGGCAGUACAAUCACAACCCAAGCCUCCCAAGGCUAAAAAGAAUAAGGCAGCUCCGCGACGACGAAGCGAUGGUGAAGCGAUCCCAAUUAUCGUACAAAGAUACACAAAACGAACGCACCAAAAUGAAGGUGACACCGACGCAGAUAUUCUCAAUGCCGAGAUUCCAUUCGCCAACCGCGGGGGCGUCAACGUGAUCGACGUGCUUUCGCAAAUAUGCGACGAAGUCAUCGAAUCGAGUUUGGAGACAUUACAAGAGGCGGCUAUUAACGCGAAGGACGCACAGACGAAGAGGGAAUUUAGGACAAAAUUACGAGCUUUAGAGGCAUUUCAAGAGGAGCUGCGAACGAGGCUUCUAGAACACACCAUCGCUCUCGACACCAUGCACGCGCUUAAGAAGCGUGUGCGGUCAGUCCAAAAAGAGAAACUUACGCUUCGAACGGAAAUAAUGCGGAUCCGCGCGGAGAGAGAGCAGGUAGCUUUAAAGAUGGAUGCGGUGAGGGUCCGUCACGAAACAGCAAAUAGAGAAUCACUACAUCAACUAGGACUUUCCUCUGCGAUGGACGAUAUUGAGUUAGCUAUCGAGAAUGGAAGAUCGGCUCCAGACCUCAACCCGAAAGCACAGAAGGCAGCUGAGUUAGCGAAUCUAGAGCUGUUGAUUUCGAGAGUGGUUGGCCAGGCGAGUGUUGCUAGUGACGGAGGGGGAAAUCUGAAGCAGAUCAAAGACUUCAAUGCUUUGCUCGAACGUACUGCGGCUGUUCUUGAGCGAAGAUGAUGGAUGAACAAAGUAGAGGGAACCAAUCGGCCCUAAUAGUAUUCUAGCAGAAAGUUAUUCUCUGCCUUUACUGGACAGAGAUACUUAGAG